AUGACACUAUUAGAUAUUGUAACGGAUGGAUAUUUCAUUGAAACAAAUAAACAAAAUCAUUUAUAUACUACUGAUAAUAAUCGAUUCAUAAAUGAUUAUCAAUUGAAUCUUAAUGAUUAUUCUUCAUUAAUUCAAUCAGAUAAUUGUUAUAAUGAUAUAAAAUAUCAAAAACCGAAUAAAUUGAUAUCAUUACUUGAUUAUCAUAAUGAUAUUAUACAAUUAGCUAGUUAUUAUGAACAAAUAUUGAAAACAUAUGGGAAAGUAGAACUUGAAGCAUUAGCUUAUAGAAUAUCAGCUGCACGUCAUUCAUGUGAAAGCCCAAACAAGUUGAAUUCAAUCAAUUUCAAUAGCCCUACAAAAUUUCGUUCAAAAAAUGAUAUCUCUUAUGAUUGUCCAUACAAUACUGAAACAUUUAUAACUUCGUUUCAUCCACCUAUAACUUAUCAUUUGGAGGUGCAUUUAACUAGUUCCAAAUCGAUUUACUUCAAUCAAUUACCAAGUCAACCAAUUAAUUGUCUACCAUAUGUUAAUCAUCAUUCUAAUUCGUCAUUUAUGAAUAGAUUAUCAUGUAAAGUAUUUGUAGGUGGUGUGCCAAUGCGUGGAAAUCAAGUGACUACAUGGACAAGAGAUCAAUUACAUAAGGGAUUAUCUAUUUUUGGCCCACUUAGUUUAAUAUGGCCGAAAGGCACUAUUGUGAUACCAUCUGUCAUAGACGGAAAUAAUUAUAAUCAAGCAUUAUGUGAAUCACUACUGAGAACCGGUUUGAAACGAGGUUAUUGUUAUGCAGUGUUCAAUGAUCAAAGAAGUGUAACAUUGUUAUUAUCAAUGUGUUAUCGACGUUCCAAAGGUUUCUAUAUCAAUCUUUCAACAUUAUGUCCUGAUUUAGAAAAAACUCGAUUCGAUUCUUUACAAAUUAUUCCAUGGGAUAAACAAGAUUCAUUUUAUCCAUUUAUCUGUAAUCGAAACAGUGAAAACAUAACUUUUCAGUCUGAAGAAGGAAGAGGGGAAACUGAAACCCGGACGAAAGUUUACUCCAUAUUCGUUGGUGCACUUCAUGGAAUGAUUACAGCACGAGCUUUAUUUACUAUUUUCAAUGACCUCUUUGGCAAUGUUAAUUACGCUGCGUUGGAUACAGAUAAAUAUCACUAUCCGAUAGGAUCAGGACGUGUAGCUUUUAAUUCACCACAAGGUUAUUUGGCUGCUAUAACAACAAAUUUUAUUUGUAUUGAAUGUCAGUUGUUCAGUAAAGUGAUACAAAUUGAUCCAUAUUUAGAAGAUGCUAUCUGUUCCAAAUGUUAUUCAUCACCUGGAAUUUAUUUUUGUCGUCAUUUAAAAUGUUUCGAUUAUUUUUGUCCUAAAUGUUGGAUUAAUUAUCAUGGUUCAUCAAAUACAACACAUAAACCAUUAAGACGUACAUUAAGUCCCAAUUCAUUAAAAUUUCCUAAGCAUUUCUAA